AUGAGUUUUGGAAUUGUGAGGGUGGAAACCGCCGACCUCUGUAAUGACAUUCACAUUCCUCUUCUGGUCGAGGGCUGGGUUUCAUUACCCGACGUCUUUGCACAAUCUGUAGAGAUAGGAAUCAUCGAUGUGACUGGCUGGACGCAGAACAACGAGGUGAUGCGGUCAUCCGUGCUGGUAGAAUUCCCCAGCAACAGCGACACCGCGCACAUCCAGGGAGGGAACCGCACCUUCAUGGCCGCUGUCAGCGCAAUGGUCCCAGACACCGCCGCGCUCGGUGACGGCCUCUCCCGCUUUCUCAACGAGGCGCCGCUGCAUGCCUCGCUGCGGUUCGUGCUCCCCGUGACGCUGCACUCCUUCGGCAUCCCGAUCAGCCACACCGUGGAAUUCACCUAUCCAGGGGGCACGGUGGCGGACUACCACGCCUGCGGCCUCCGGCCCGACUGCCCGCCGGAGGGCGGCUGCGCCUACGCGUGCGCGGCGGGCCCCUCCAUCGAGCGGGCACAGGAGAGGCGCUGGCACAGGAGGCGGCGCCGCCGCAGGAGGCGGCGCCGUCGGCCGAGGGCGGCGCCGGCUGCGGCGUGCUGUCCCUGCGGCUCUGGGACGGCCGUGGCGCCUCCGGCGGCGCGGAGGCCGGUCGCGAGCUGA